AUGUCGAGGGCGCCAUUUGCAAAAAGACCGGCAUCGCGUGCAACUAGACAGGAAUUCUAUUGGCGUGGUGGCGAUUCUCUUCAUGAGCGUGAGUAUUUAAGAGAUGAAUACAAAAAAGCUAUGGUUGAUUUCAAGAAAGCUCAAAUGGAGUACAAAAGUGUAGAACAAGAACUUAAAAAAGCCAACGAGCAACUCAGCGAGAAAGAGAAAUACACAAAUGCACUUGCAUCAUAUCUGGAUAGCGAUGCAGAAGGAGGAAAUCAAGAGCAAGAGUACAAGCGCCAGUUAGGUGAGUUAGAAGUUGAAAUUGGAAAGGCAGAAAGUGAGUUAAGUGAUGCUCGUGCUGUCCAGCAUCCAGCAGUAUCAUCAGGCCUUCAAAAAGACAAAGCUUACAUGAUGAUCGAGAUUCAAAGACUUAAAAAGGCUCUCGACUUGCGUGAUGAGCAAGAAGCCGAGGAUAAGAAACAACUAGCCACCUGCGUCGUUAGCCAGAAAUAUCAAAACGCAUUACAAAUGGAAGGAAUUGUCGAAAAGCUUAGCCGUAAGCGCGCAUUCCUCCGCUCACAAGUUAAUAAAAACAAGCAAGAAUUCGACAAACUUACAUCUCAGGCUCCUGCGCAGUCUAGAAACGCUCAACCUGCAAACAAAGAGGAUAAACAAUGUGUUGUUGAUGUUGCAGAGCUUGAACUCAUUAACAAUCGCAUAGCUGAGCGCCAACAGCGUCGUCCUAACAAGUGGAAUAUGGAAAUUAGCCGCCAACUUCGAUAUAUCGAAGAAUUAAACGAGAGAAUGCGUGAUCUCGGCAUGGAAUCAGAUGUUGUUGAUGUUGAAGCAUUACGUGAGAAGUAUAUGAUUAAGCAAAAGCAAGAAGGUGAAAAUGGAAAUAAAAAUGGCGAAAAUGAUAAUGGAAAUGAGAAUAACCAAGAAAACAAUGAAGAAAAGACCCAAUAA